AACUUUAUGAUGUGUAGAAUAGAAGUGAUCUAGGAUCCUUAAUAUCGUGGGUUGGUUUUUAGCCAAAAUGCACAUGCGUCGAUUCCGAGCGGGCCUACGCCGUAGAGGCUACGCUCAGACGGCGCUCGACCGCCGCUACACACGCGCGUAGACCCUCUACGACCCAACGGGCAAACACUCCGAAACUUUCGUAUUUUUCUAUGACAUAGAAUUUUCGUAAAGUGCUGUGAAGUUUCUUUGCUGACGUUUGGUGUUUUGUGUAAGAUAUGACUUAAUUUAAAAUAUUUAAUAUGGCUCCUUUAAGAAUACCAUCAGGUGAUUUCUUUACGAACGAUGUAAGCGAGUUCUUCAACUUCUCAACUCAGCAUCCAAGUCACGAGACUCGCCACGGCCGACAUAGGAAUCACUCUCACCCACAUCAUUCAAAAAAUCAUAUCGCGGACGUUAUAUCAAGUUCUAUAAUGGAAGUUUUAAAUACUAAAUUUGUGCCAGAGAACAGUGUGCUACCGGAUCUGGAGCCGUUAUCUACUCAUAUGGACAUGGACCGUCAUCAUCCAUUGAAGAUGAACAUUACAAUGAACAGGUCUGAUUUCGGUGUGAUGAAUGAGGAGGUGAUGUAUCGCCACAACGGAAUAAUGACGGCAGUGUACUGUGCCGCGUAUUUGCUCGUGUUCGUGGUUGGGUUGAUCGGGAACUGUUUCGUGAUCGCGGUGGUGUAUCGCUCGCCGCGGAUGAGAACUGUCACCAACUUCUUUAUCGUGAACUUGGCCGUCGCUGAUAUUCUGGUGAUCGUGUUUUGUCUACCCGCUACGCUGAUGUCCAACAUUUUUGUUCCAUGGGUGCUGGGAUGGCUUAUGUGCAAGACGGUGCCGUACGUGCAGGGGCUGUCCGUAGCCGCUUCCGUCUACAGCCUCGUCGCGGUCUCCCUAGACAGAUUCCUUGCCAUCUGGUGGCCAUUGAAAUGCCAAAUCACCAAGCGCCGUGCACGUCUGAUGAUCGUAUUCAUCUGGAUCUUCGCCGUCCUUGUCACUACUCCUUGGGUGUUCUUCUUCGACUUGGUGGUGGUGUUUGAAGACAACCCUCAUGUUCUCUUGUGUCUCGAUGUUUGGCCAAAUCCCUUGAGCGAAAUCCUAUACUUUGUGAUUGGAAACUUGAUUUUUUGUUAUAUCUUACCGAUGCUUCUCAUUACCAUGUGCUACAUACUCAUCUGGAUUAAAGUUUGGAGAAGAUCUAUCCCAACGGAUACCCAAGACGCUCACAUGGAAAACAUGCAGCAGAAAUCUAAAGUGAAGGUCGUCAAAAUGCUCGUUGCCGUUGUAAUUCUGUUUGUUUUGUCCUGGUUCCCGCUUUACCUCAUAUUCGCGAGAAUAAAACUUGGCGGACCAAUUCAAAAGUGGGAAGAAGAAAUGUUCCCUGUUGUAACACCACUUGCACAAUGGCUGGGUUCAUCAAAUUCUUGCAUCAAUCCCAUCUUAUACGCAUUCUUUAAUAAAAAGUAUAGAAAGGGAUUCGUUGCUAUUAUCAAAAGUAGAAAAUGUUGUGGCAGGCUACGUUACUAUGAAACUAUUGCGCUGCAAUCAUCGAGUACAUCAACGAGAAAGUCAUGGCAUUACAACAAUAAUAAUCAUCAGUCAAUAACACGAAGAUCACCGCCCGUUGACAAGAAUGCCGUAUCGUUCAUAUUCAACCACACGGGAGUAUAAGAUGAUUGUGAGCUAUUGUUCUGGAACCAGUCUGCAUAGCCAUCCAUCAUGUUGGCACGCGCUGUUGGCGCACCGUACCUAUCACCAUAUCGAAAAAUACGACUUAAGUAUGUGUAAAGUUUUGAGUUCUGCAGUUUGUUGUUGUCCGUGCUGGUGACCAUACUCGUAGGUAAAAAGAACAUAAUCAGUUGAUGUUUUAGUACUGUGUAACUUUUAUACGUAAGUCGUCUAAAGUACCUAUAAAGUGUUAAGAAGAUUAUUUUUACACUGAUUGUACUUUUGUAUCGCGGAAACUGCGAAACGCACAUAUAGCACAAAGUGUAUAAAAUAUGUAUAACAAUAAUUAUUAUAAAGCUGUUUUUGCUUAGAUUCAAAAUCGGAGAAGCCAAAGUUAUUUUUUCGUUCAACGUGAUUUUAGUUUUGUAUUUG